GCCAGACGCUGCAGCUACUGGCCUCCUUCUCCCUCCUCAUCCCCUUUUGGGAUUAACCCUGCAGGAAGUUGCCUCCCCCCCUCCCCUCAUUUAUCCUUCUUUUUUCACAUUAUAUUACUUUUAUCCUAAGCAAAUCCAGCCCCCCCCAUCUUGCUCCAUCUCUCACUGCCUUCCCUAGCACUUAUUAUUUGGGGAAAAUCAAGCUGUUGUCAAGCUGCUUAGGCUGUGCACUGUGCCUGGAAACUAACAGCUGCUAACUUGCUUCAUAUAUUAACGCUCCUGUUUCCCCUCAAUGGCAUGCGUUCUCUUGAGAGUCAAGUCAUUUUGGCAGCGCUUUUGAUUCCCACAGGAUUUUGUCAUGUGCGUGAAGUACACUUUAGAGUCACAAAUUUUAAAGCUGAAAGGAGCCUGAUAGAAAAUGCACUUCAUCUCUCAUUUUACGGAACACCAGGCGGAAAGACUGUGUAGCUUGAUCAAAGCCCUAUACCUCUUCAGUAACUGGACUCCAAGGCUCUCUCUAGAUGCCUUAGUCAUUGCACUCCACCACACCAGGAGUGCGGUGCAGUUUAACCCACUCACUGUAGAGACGAUCUGCCAGAGAGCCACAAUGGACACAGCUAGCCAUAGCCUUGUCCUUCUGCAGCAGCUAAACAUGCAACGAGAAUUUGGUUUUCUGUGUGAUUGCACCGUUGCUAUUGGAGAUGUCUACUUCAAAGCCCACAGAGCAGUGCUUGCUGCUUUUUCUAACUAUUUUAAGAUGAUAUUUAUUCACCAAACAAGUGAAUGCAUAAAAAUACAGCCAACUGACAUCCAACCUGACAUAUUCAGCUAUUUGUUGCACAUUAUGUACACUGGGAAAGGGCCAAAACAGAUUGUGGAUCAUGGUCGUUUGGAGGAAGGGAUUCGAUUUCUUCAUGCCGACUACCUUUCUCACAUUGCAACUGAAAUGAAUCAAGUGUUCUCACCAGAGACUGUGCAGUCCUCAAAUUUAUAUGGCAUUCAGAUCUCAACGACCCAAAAAACAGCUGUCAAACAAGGGCUGGAGGUCAAGGAAGCUCCUUCUAAUAACAGUGGAAACAGAGCUGCUGUCCAGGGUGACCAUCCCCAGCUGCAGCUCUCUCUUGCAAUUGGGCUGGAUGAUGGCACUGCAGACCAGCAGAGGGCCCAUCCUGCCACCCCGGCCUUGGAGGAGCACCAGAAGCCCCCAGUGUCCAUCAAGCAGGAGAGAUGUGAUCCAGAAUCUGUGAUCUCCCAGAGCCAUCCCUCACCCUCAUCAGAGAUGACAGGCCCCACUUUCACUGAAAGCGGUAUCAAAAUACACUUAUGCCAUUACUGUGGGGAACGGUUUGAUUCUCGUAGUAAUCUAAGACAUCAUCUCCAUACCCACGUGUCCGGAUCCCUCCCAUUUGGUGUCCCUGCUUCCAUUCUGGAAAGUAAUGACCUUGGUGAAGUGCAUCCACUUAAUGAAAAUAGCCAAGCUCUUGAGUGCCGUAGGCUCAGCUCCUUCAUUGUCAAGGAAAAUGAGCAGCAGCCUGACCACUCAAGCCGGAGUACCACAGAGCCUUUGCAGAUCAGUCAAGUGUCUUUGAUCUCCAAAGACACAGAGCCAGUAGAAUUAAACUGUAAUUUUUCUUUUUCAAGGAAAAGAAAAAUCAGCUGUACCAUCUGUGGUCAUAAAUUUCUCCGAAAGAGCCAGUUGCUGGAACAUAUGUAUACACACAAAGGUAAAUCUUACAGAUAUAACCGAUGCCAAAGGUUUGGUAAUGCAUUAUUAGCCCAGAGAUUUCAGCCAUAUUGUGACAGUUGGUCUGAUAUACCCCUGAAAAGCUCUCGCUUGUCACAAGAACAGUUAGACUCAUCUUGUGCCUUAGAGUCAGAACUCACACAAGAAAAUGUGGACACUAUCCUAGUUGAGUAGCAGUUUCUUCAGAAUUUUUAUAUUAGUUCUGAAAAAGUGAACUCACAUGCAUUUUUUUCUUUUUUUUUAGGGAGGGCUUCACCUGCAGCAUAUGGAAGUUCCCAGACUAGUCAAGUUGGAGCUGCAGCUGCCAGCCCACGCCGCAGCCACAGCAACCCCAGAUCCAUGCCGCCUCUGCAACCUAGGCCAUAGUAACACCAGAUCCCUAAACCACUGAGCAAGGCCAGGGAUUGAACCUGCAUCUUCAUGGAGACUAGUCGGGUUCUUAACCUGCUGAGCCACAAUGGGAAUGCCUUACCUGCAUUUUUUAAUUCACGAAUUAUUUUCCUCCUCAAAUUCUUUUGACUUUUUCUUUACCAUUUAUCCAUCGUUUUAAUGUUGUGUAUAUUAAGUCUUCUUAUUGAAAGAUAUAUUGAUACAUAGCUACUAAAAUGAAACCUUCAAUUAGGGCUGUGUACUUUUCAUAAGUAAAAAUUUAGAAAUCAGAAAUUAAUGUAGAAAUAUGGAACUUUAGAGUAAAUAGUUAUUUAUAGAAUUUCUAGAUUUUCCAGGUUGCAGAAUCUGGAAAAAUCAAAUUGAAUAUGAAAUAAGUGAAAUCUUUUUUAAGGAAUAGUCUAGACUAUCACUUUUGGCUAAUGUUCCACAUGAAUUAAGCCCCUGUGAGGAUUAUUUUUAAACAUUUUCUGCCAUAUAGGAAAUUAAUAGUUAUUUUAAUAUAUAACUGUAUGUUAUAAUGUAUAAAACAUUUGUUUUAAGGCAUAGCUAUACCAAAUCCUGAGCAGUUGUGUUUAUUCAGUGUUUUUGGCCAUGGCAUGUAGCAGCUUGAUGUUGCAUCUUAGCCCCCAGACCAAGGACUGAACCCGAGCUGCAGUGGUGAAAGGAGCAAGUCCUAACCAGUGGACUACCAGGGAACUCCCUCAUGAACAGUUUUAAAUUACUUUUUACUAGCUGUGCAACAGGUUACAUGGCUUCAUUUAUUUUUUAACAUUGAGCAUACCUCAUUUUCAGUAAAAAUAUUUUAUUUAAAAGAGAGAAGAGUAAAACAUACAAAAAAAACUUAAAGAAACAAUGAUACAUACACAUAGAUAAGCAAGAAGCCCCUUUGUCAGAGACAGAUUUAGAUAGAUCUUUGUUGACUGACACCCCAGUCUUGUUACCUUAAUCUAGAGUGUUUUCUUAGGGACCUCACAAGCAAUUUGAUAUUUUUUUUUUUUUUUUUUAACGGCUGCACCUGUGGCAUAUGGAGGUUCCCAGGCUAGGGGGUCAAAUCAGAGCUAGAGCUGCUGGCCUACACCAGAGCCACAGCAACCCAGGAUCCAAGCCGCAUCUGCAACCUACACCACAGCUCACGACAAUGCCAGAUUCCUAACCCACUGAGUGAGGUCAUGGGUCGAAUCCAAAACCUCAUGGUUUCUAGUUGGAUUCGUUUUCGCUGUGCCAUGACAGGAACUCUGCAAUAUUGAGAUUUUUAUGACCAGAGGUUUACAUGAGUUUAUGAGUAAAAUGAUAAAAUACAGAUGAUCUUUCUACCCUCGGUAUCAGAAGAUUUUAUAGGUUGCCUGAGUUGACAUUAAUUUUCUAACAAUCACUUGAAAAGGUAAUUUUUCAGUGGCAUAGUUUUAACUUUUUCUUGUCCAUAAAACCAGCAGAGUCGAUGUAGUCAGUGUCCUAGAACUGUGUUUAAAAUCCAUGAUAGCCUUCCCUCUGUGAAUCAAUUUAACUCCCUUUUAUAAUGGUGAAACUUACAAAAGCUAAAACUCCAGAAAAAUUAAAAUUGAUGGACCGAAUGAUAGACUCUCCUGCUCUGUGUAGCUGGGAUACAGCUGGUCAAACUUCACCACAGAAGACAGACCUAAAUUCUUUCUGAGGUUUUUCAAUUUCAAAUACUAGAUAGUUCAGAAUAACAAAAGAGAGAGGUUUUAAAACAGCCUCAUCUCUUUUUGUAUGCUGCUCUGUUAAAUUCUAGGCCUCACAAAUAGUUUAGUAAAUUUAAUACAUUUGGUGUGUGAAGCUUAGAAUUUUAACUGCAUAAAACCUCUUUGAUCUCCUUCCUGACUGAACACUUCAGAGGAUAUUUCCUGAUAUCGGAAUUCUCAAUAGCAUCUGAGUUCAGUCAGGAGGGAGCUCAAAGAGAAAUUCAGCUCAUUUUAAGGGCACAGAGGUUUUCUCUGGGUAAACAGUGGGUUUAGGUGAAUUAUGAAUUGGCACAUUUUUAUUAAGGACUGAAUGAAGAAAAUCCACGGGCACUGCCUGAGGUGACUGAGUUUCUGCCCUGGACAACAGAGUGAAGCCUCCUGGGGUCAGGAGUGACAUGUGUUGAAAGCAAAAUCUAAAUAGUUGUUGAUUUAGGCUCAGUUGUAUUGGGAAUAGUUAAAACAAAUGUACUGCUCUUUGAGGUCAGAACUUCAUCUGUCUUAUUAUACUUAAAUCAUUUAAGCAAUUAUUCAAACUCAUACUGCUCUCAAAGAUUUCCUUUCAUAGGCUGAACACAAAUUUUAAUGUUGAUUUCAUGUAUCUUAGGCCAUUCUGGAUAUAUUCCCUAGCUUUCUUCAAGUAAAAUUUUAGUUUUCUUAUUUAGAUAAAAUUUUUUCUAAUUUUUCUCUUCUAUAUUCUUUCCUAGUUGCUCAGUCAUUAGUCCCUGACACAAAAAGUAUAUAUAGCUAAGGGGUGGGAUUAAGUAUGCAUGUGAAUUGCAGGGUAGGGGAGCAGUUCAGGGCAUAGUCGGAAUGUGGCAAGAGCUGGUUUGUGGCUGAUUGGCUGUAAUAGAAAACAUUAACUUAAAGCAGAAAAUGGAUCUCCUUUUGUUGGGUGUAUUCUUAUUUAUAAAGUUGCUUUUAAUAUUAGGAAUUCAGAGCAAAUACUCUUUCCUUCAUCCUCAUAACGUUUUAUCUGUGUUAGGAAGUGGAAAGAUGAUUACUCCAUUUUACUUUAUUAUUUUUUGUCUUUUUAGGGCCGCACCCGGGGCAUAUGGAGGUUCCCAGGCUAGAGGUUAAAUCAGAGCUGUAGCCGAUGGCCUACGACACAACCAUAGCAAUGCAGGAUCUCAGCCGUGUCUGCAGCCUACACCACAGCUCACAGCAAUGAUGGAUCCUUAACCCACUGAGCGAGGCCAGGGAUUCAACCCACAACCUCAUGGUUCCUAGUCAGAUUCAUUUCCACUGUGCCACAACAGGAACUCCAACUACUCCAUUUUAUAGGGAAAAAAAAUCCCUAAACCCGGGUUCCAGAGAGCUAGUGAAUAGUGGUGCAGAGAAUGACCCCGGUUUUAUUUUUUUCCUUCAUUCAAGUAGGCAUAUUUUGUAAAUAGCUGUUUUAUGACUAAUGCAGUGCCCAGAGGUUUUUUUUUUUAAGACAUGAUUCCUCACUAAGAAAAUCUGCUUUGUAUAAAAAAGUUCUUCUGGGAGUUCCCGUGGUGGUGCAGCGGAAACGAAUCUGACUAGGAACCAUGAGGUUGUGGGUUUGAUCCCUGGCUUCGUUCAGUGGGUUGAGGAUCAAGCAUUGCUGUGAACUGUGGUGUAGGUCGCAGAGGUGGCUCGGGUUCCAUGUUGCUGUGGCUGUGGUGUAGGCUGACAGCUGUAGCUCCAAUUAGACCCCUAACAUAGGAACCUCCGUAUGCCAUAGGUGUGGCCCUAAAAAGCAAAAAAGAAAAAGAAAAAGUUAUUCUGGCUAAACUGCAUCAUUUUGACUUUAUCAUUUUGUAAAGUGGAGCUAUAAUCUUAACCAUGUAGUAUGGUUUGUAUAAUGAUGACCUAGAACUGGAAAUGCUAAGGGCACCUUAAUGUAGCAGGCAAAUACUAAAUAGAUGUUUCCCCUUUGGAUCAGUUUAGAAUUUUCCCUUCUUACUAGACACUACAUAUAGUUGUUUUCUGGAGGAAAACAGACUGUUUCAGUAUUUGUCCUUGUUAGCAUAUAUCAUCAGAACUCAGUAUCUGAUAAGUGUAACCUGCCUUAUAAGAAAACCAAAAUUUCUUGAUUUAUCUCUUGAAAUUAUGAUUUCUUGCUCUGAUUUUCUGAAUUCCUAUCUGUAAAGUGGCUGUAAGCAAUCCCUACCUCACAGGGGUGUUGUGAGGAUUUGUAUUAAGAUUGUCUUAAGUUCUGUCAGUAAUAUUGAUAAAAAACCAACCAUAUAAAGAAUAUUACAUUUUUCUGUAGCUAAAUAUAUUAAUUUUAUUAUUCCAACUCAGGAAUUCUAGAAUGUCUUAGAGGAAAUCAUGUACUAUUUAAUACUCAAUAGUUAAUUGACAGAAUUCUUAUUUUUUUUUUUGUCUUUUUGCUAUUUUUUGGGGCCACUCCCGUGGCAUAUGGAGGUUCCCAGGCUAGGGGUUUAUCGGAGCUGUAGCCACUGGCCUACGCCAGAGCCACAGCAACGCGGGAUCCGAGCCACGUCUGCAACCUACAUCACAGCUCACGGCAAUGCCGGAUCUUUAACCCACUGAGCAAGGGCAGGGAUCGAACCCGCAACCUCAUGGUUCCUAGUCAGAUUCGUUAACCACUGCGCCACGACAGGAACUCCAGAAUUCUUAUUUUUAAUGAAGCAUCUAGAAACAGCAGUGUUACUGGAAUUCCUGUUCUACCAUAGUUUAAUCAUCAGUAUUUCUCUUUAGCCUUUAGCAAGGAGGAUAUUAAUUCUUUGGCAUUAUUGGGAAUGAAGCCUUGCCAAUUUAAACUUUAUUGAAAGUUCUCCCAAACAUGUUGUUUACAUAUAGGUAAAGGAACAGAAGCAAUAGAGAAAAUAUAAUUUUCAUUUCUUUGAUGUAGGUCAUCUAAAAAGAAAUGGAGCAGGGACAAUAAUGUUCUUUAUAUUCUAUUAAAACAGUAUUGGAAAAGGCUUCACUUAAAACUGAAGGAAAUACAUAUUAAUUAUGGGAAAAUAUAGUCUGAAAAAUGUAUAAUUCCAUUAAUGUUUAUUUGCAUAGGCAAAUUCUGAAUAUUGUAACUUGGAUCCUUGAGAAGUAUCCAUUUUUUGUAGUAAUUGAGGUAAAAAUAGACCAUGUGAAGAGUUUUCAAAAUAUAACUUGUAUCUUUGUAUGUUUUAAACUAAAUGUAGCUCUAUAGUAUUUUAUUAUAAUUAAUUUUUCAAUCCUAAGAAUGAAAUCUGUAAAUUAUUAUUCUUUGCUGUACUUCUGUGUUUGUAUGGUUGGACUUUUGAAAACUGGUGAGAUUACACAAUCAUAAACCUAGAUGUCUUAAAUACAAGGAAUUACAAAGUGUGAUUUUUGUCUUUAAGACCCGGAAGAAUCCUUUGUGCUUCAGUGUGUAUCUGUGCCACACUUGACUCCUUAGUAGAUGUGGCUCCAGUGCAGUAGACAUUAACUGCCAUCAUCUCUUCUGUUUUGUGCCAAAUAGAGCCAUUUAGUCAGGUGAAAUUAAAUGUCAACUUAAAAUACUUUCAAAGAAACUUGGAUUUCAAAAACUUGUACAAUAAAAAAGGCCCCCUGAAGAAAUCUUCAAAGUACUAGUUAACACAUGGCAAAUGCAGGAAACUGAAAUCAGUAAUAUGUUGUAUGGUAAACUUUUCCACCUAAUGUGUUGUGAGUUUGCUUCAGAAACAUUCUUCCAGAAAGUUUUGUACCCUCCAUUUGGAAUUCAAACAGUGAAUUUCAUGUAUUUUAUCAUGACAAAUAAAUUAAUGUGACUUGAUCAUAAAGAAAACCUUUAUCA